AAUGGCUUCACUAAAUAAAUUAAGUAGCAAUGAUAUUGGUAAUGUUGAUAGAUAGAUUGCCAAAUUAAAGCAAGGAUAAAUAUUGACAGAAUCAGAAAUCAAGAGUUUAUGCAUUAAAGUUUUAGUAUUUUGCAAUUACUUAGGCAAAAGAGAUUUUGUCAGAUGAACCUAAUAUCAUCUAAGUUAGAGCACCUCUUACGAUUUGUGGAGAUAUCCAUGGUCAAUUUCAUGAUUUAAUAGAACUCUUUUAAAUUGGAGGAAACUUACCAGUAUUUACAUUUUGCAAAUCUGUUCUAGGAUACAAAUUACCUAUUUCUAGGAGAUUAUGUAGAUAGAGGUUCACAAUCUGUAGAAACAUUCUCAUUAAUGCUCUCACUAAAAGUCAGAUAUAAAGAUCGCAUUGUAUUAUUAAGAGGUAUUAAUCAUAAUAUUCUUACAGGAAAUCAUGAAAACAGAGAAAUCAAUAAAGUAUAUGGCUUUUAUGAUGAAUGCUUUCGUAAAUAUGGAAAUGAAAUAGUAUGGAAGUAAUUCACAGAAGUAUUUGGCUAUUUGCCACUUUCAGCAAUAGUAGAAUAACAAGUAACAUAAAUUCUAAUUCGAUUAAAGAUUUUUUGUGCCCAUGGAGGUUUAUCACCAGCAAUGGAAUCAGUUGAUCAAAUUAAAUAAUUGAAUAGAGUCUAAGAUAUUCCCCAUGAGGGCUUAAUGUGUGAUCUUCUAUGGAGUGAUCCUGAAGAAACCAAAAAUGGUAUUUUCAUUUCUUAAUACCUCAUCAGGUUGGGGUAUUUCACCAAGAGGUGCAGGUUGGACUUGGGGAUGUGAUAUAACAGAAAAAUUCCUACAUUCCAACAAACUCAAACAAAUUGCCAGAGCACAUUAAUUAGUGAUGGAAGGAAUUCAGAAAAUCCAUAAUUCAAAGACUAUUACAAUAUUCUCUGCACCGAAUUAUUGUUAUCGUUGUGGUAAUCAAGCUUGCAUUGUAGAAGUUGAUGAACAACUAAGAAUGAAUCAGUAAUUCAAUUCAUACAUUCUAGAACUUAAUUUGAGCCUGCCCCUCGAGAAAAUGAACCUCAUACAACUAGAAGAGUACCUGAUUAUUUUCUUUGAA